UGGGGGCCCCUGCAGGUGCUAUCCCCUUCCGCCCACCUGAGCCCCGAUGUCCCUGCAGAACUUGGACUAUGUCGGGGAUCGCCCUCAGCAGACUUGCCCAGGAGAGGAAAGCCUGGAGGAAGGACCACCCCUUUGGAUUUGUGGCCGUCCCAACGAAAAACCCUGACGGCACGAUGAACCUCAUGAACUGGGAGUGCGCUAUUCCUGGGAAGAAGGGGACCCCAUGGGAAGGAGGCCUCUUUAAGCUGCGGAUGCUCUUCAAGGAUGACUACCCAUCUUCCCCUCCCAAGUGUAAAUUUGAGCCCCCGCUCUUCCACCCGAAUGUGUACCCCUCGGGCACCGUGUGCCUGUCCAUUCUGGAGGAGGACAAGGACUGGAGGCCAGCCAUCACCAUCAAGCAGAUCUUACUGGGAAUACAGGAGCUCCUAAACGAACCAAAUAUCCAGGACCCGGCCCAGGCCGAGGCAUACACGAUCUAUUGCCAAAACAGAGUGGAGUACGAGAAGCGGGUCCGAGCACAAGCCAAGAAGUUCGCGCCCUCAUAAACCAACCAUGUGACGCCAGGAGGAAGGGAGGGGCUUGGCAAGAACUUGUUUACAACACUUUGCAAACCCCGUCGCUAUGUACAAUUCUCGUCACCGAGGGGGCCGGCGCUGCCACCUCCUCCACCACUGUCCACUCGUCUCGAUUUGCUCACUUGCCCCCGUUUUUUCAUACAGGGUCUCUUCCUUCGGUCUUUUGUAUUUUUGAUUGUUCUGUAAGACUUGGCUUUUAUUUUAAUAUUAAUGUCAGUGUUCCCACUGCUGUACCAAGAUAAACUUUUCUACUCUGGCGAGCCCCUAGGCGCUAGUCCCUCUGCGCGGACGCAGGCAUGCUUCAUGGUGUCGGCGCUGAGCUUUGCUCCUGCUGGCCGGCCGGCCGGCUGACACAGUCACUUUUCCUGUCUGUCUGUGGCCGGCCAGCGCCCGAGUCCGCACCACUCCCCGUGUUCUAGGACGUUCUGUCUGUGUUGCUGUUUAGGGUAAUAAACUGUUUCUAUAAAGGUUCUGUUGCCUUCUCGUCAUUCACCCAAUGCCAGGAGGCAGCCGCCCGGCUCUCAGCAGUGCCGCUAGCCGAGCCGGGUGGUGUGAUCCGGCAGCACCCUUGCCAUGCUGCUGAACCGAGGCCCAGACACUCUGCCUGCCAGUGAAUGACCAAGAGGAGCCACUGACCAGCACCCUCCUCAGCACACCUGUGGACGCCUGCCAGGACCCACAUGCUCCAUGGACUGGGCACCAAGCUGCUCUCAGGACGCCACCUACCCAGCUACUGGGGCAGAGCAAGCACAGUGCCCCCACCAUGUCUGCGAAGGCAACCUUCCUGUGUGCUCUGACCGGCCUGCCUAAAGUAGUUACAGAGACUGCAGGCCCCUCGAUUGGCAACAUGCGGGGCCCUGGGCUUGCCCCCUUGGCCACACCUGGGUCUUCUCCAGUGCAGGGACCAAAGGGUGGGAAUGAUACUCCGUGGAGCCCCAGGGAGGCCUGGUCAGUGGCACCCAAGAAGAUGCAGCAUGCACCCCAGGCUUGAUGGUGUCAGCCAACUGGCCGAGAUCCCCUGGGCAGUCAGCAUGGCACCAACUUGCCCCUGGACUUGGUAACCUGGGAGUUGACUCGGAAGGUCCCAGUUGCAUGCAGACACUUCAGCCUGGGGGCCGAGGUGCAGGUCUACCUGCUUGCUGGAUGGAAGUCCGAGCCACCUCGUCACUGUUGCCUGCAUCACGGCCGCUGCCUGUUGUCACCAAGUUGUCUGCAGUGACUAUGUCUCUAGCCAGCUGGAAUGAUCUCCGCCUGUGAAGUGUCCCUUUUGUAGCUCAGCCCCCAGCUUCGCAUAGCCGAGAACUGUGUACCACGAGACACCUGGCGCCGGGCCGCUCUGCCCCUACUGCAGGGUGAGCACCUUCCUGCAUGGACCACCAUGCGCUGGUCAGCAGUUGUGACUGGUGACCCGCCCUGUGUAUGUGAUCUCACAUUAAAGCCUUUCCACAAACCUC